AACUCUUUAGUUUACCUAUAACUCCACGACUACCGGAACUACUGAAUUAACAAAAAAAGGGUUCUCUUUAUGAUUUCAGGAUUUCCAACUGACUGUUGUCUCUAUGACAACAUAGUUGUUUCAGCCACGAAACGGUAGCUAGCUGGUAAUCAAACGAUUUAACGUGCCAGUGAUAGCGUCUAAAUUGUAUUAUCUAGUCUACUACAAUAAACAAUUAAUUUAGCUAGCUUUUAGAGGUUCAGUUAGCAUGGUAGCCCAAUGGUAAACAGCAAUUAUUUGGUAAAAUACUACUUGGCUGUUUUCGUCAUGCUCUCCAUGCGAUAGCUAACAUUAGCAUCCGCUUGUUUAACAAGAUUCGUUGAUCUGACAUGAAUGAGCACACUGGUUAGCUAGCUAACUAACUUUGGUUGGUGGAAGAAGUGGCCAUGACAGUACUGUCAGUGUGGUCUCUCUCCAUCCCUCUACCAGCAGUGCUGAUUAUAGCAGUCAGUUUCUACUUGCUAAUGCUGCUGGUGGCGCUUUGGUGUCGACAUUGCCUUAAAGCCCAGUGCUCCCCUCAGUGCUGUGACUGCUGUGCUGACGUCAGCCCCUGUGAAUACUGCCUGGCGUGUGCGGAGUCAUGUGACUGCCGUCCGCCGUCCCUGCGCUCCUGUCUCAACCAGACCUGCCCCCCUCCCUCUUGCGCCAUGUGUGACUGCGCGUGCACCUGCCAGCCCCCCGACUGCGAGUCCGUCAACUGCCUGUGCUUCGAGAUCAAGUUCAGAUAGCGGGAGCCUGGAGACCACGCAGAAGCACCUGAAACGGCACGUACAGACUGGCGCUAACACUGCGCUUAAAUGAGCUCAUACUCCUGAAACAGCAGGUACAGACUGGCGCUAACACUGCGCUUAAAUGAGCUCAUACUCCUGAAACAGCAGGUACAGACUGGCGCUAACACUGUGCUUAAAUGAGCUCAUACUCCUAAAACAGCAGGUACAGACUGGCGCUAACACUGCGCUUAAAUGAGCUCAGACUCCUGAAACAGCAGGUACAGACUGGCGCUAACACUGUGCUUAAAUGAGCUCAGACUCCUGAAACAGCAGGUACAGACUGGCGCUAACACUGCGCUUAAAUGAGCUCAGACUCCUGAAACAGCAGGUACAGACUGGCGCUAACACUGCGCUUAAAUGAACUCUAGACUCCUGAAACAGCAGGUACAGACUGGCGCUAACACUGUGCUUAAAUGAGCUCAGACUCCUGAAACAGCAGGUACAGACUGGCGCUAACACUGUGCUUAAAUGAGCUCAGACUCCUGAAACAGCAGGUACAGACUGGCGCUAACACUGUGCUUAAAUGAGCUCAGACUCCUGAAACAGCAGGUACAGACUGGCGCUAACACUGUGCUUAAAUGAGCUGAGACUCCUGAAACACCACCUACAGGCUGGCACAUCUACACGUAAAUAGCAGCACUGAUUGGUGACCCGAAAACAUUUUCUUGAUCCCUGUAAUCAAUAUUUGCAGUAACACAUUCGUCUCUUCUCGUCAAGCUGAAAAUGUCACAGAUGACUGCAGGAUAUGCCUCCUACCUACACGAGAUCCACAACCUGCUUACUGCGUUAUGUGGAAGUGUAUCGCGCACGAGCCAGACCAGCUGAACAAAAGUGUAUCAUAGUUUCCCAAACAUUAAUGAUGCUUUAAUUCAGCGGUGUCAAACUUAAGUCCUGGAGGGCCGCGAUGUCUGUAGAUUUAACUCCAGUCCUGAAGGGCCACAGUGUCUGCGGGUUUAACUCCAGUCCUGAAGGGCUGCGAUGUCUGCGGGUUUAACUCCAGUCCUGAAGGGCUGCGAUGUCUGUAGAUUUAACUCCAGUCCUGGUGGGCCGCGGUGUCUGUAGAUUUAACUCCAGUCCUGGUGGGCCGCGGUGUCUGUAGAUUUAACUCCAGUGCUGGUGGGUCGCGGUGUCUGUAAAUGUAACUCCAGUGCUGAGGGGCUGCAGUGUCUGUAGAUUUAACUCCAGUCCUAGAGGGCCGCAGCGCCUGCUGGCUUUUGGUGUGUUUCAGCACCAGUGAUUCGUUUAAGUCACUGGUUGGCUAAACUGUUCACACACCCCUUGUUCUCAAGGUUUUAAUUAGUUGCUGCACAUGCAGACACUGCAGUCCUCUCCAGGACUGGCGUUUGAGACCCCUGCCUUAAUUUGUCAGCAUGAAAUCUUAAUCAUUUACUUUGAAACAUUGCAGAUGCUCUCAAAGCACACUUCUGCAUGCACACAUUAAUUAAACUUGACAUGGCUUUGCAUUGUCAGCUGCAGUUUAUGGUUCAUCCUUCUGAAAUGCACAGUUUACAGGCACAUUUUCGUGAAUCAACAUGUCUGUUCACACAGUUCUGGCAGAAUUAGACUUUUAAAAACUCAUUCUGCAGGUAACUGUACAUAAGUGCAGUUCAAAAUGUACACCAGUGUCUCCGAGUGCUGUUUAUUAUUUUGUAAAUAUCUGCCGUUUUGACUAUUCUAAGGCAGUUGUUUUGACUGACAAACCUUUUCUUAUGAAUUGUUUUUAAAAUACUUGAACACAUGAGCUCAACAUCCCUAUUAAUGAUAGAAAUUACUGUACAACUGCUGGUCAUUAACAGCUGCUGUCCAUGGCCUUAAUAACUGUUUGAGAGCAGCCAUAACAUUUCUACAUAGUCAAUACUUCUAGCUUUUUCCAAGUAUUUAGUUUAAAUCCAUUUUUAUGUUUAAAUUCGUGAUCUAUCUUUGAAUACCUUGUACAUAUUUUUUAUUCAAAUUAAAAAAAAUUUUUUUUAAAUACACACUGAGCAUUUUUUUCUU